CACAACAUCUAAUUCAAUUCUUUCCAAUUGUCAUUGCCAAACAUUUUUUCGUGUCUAUGGACUUUGUAUUAUACAACUUAUCACGUCUGCCAUUGCUGGCUUUGAAUUGCCAAAACUACCACAGCCAAAAUGGGUCUCGUUUCAUUCAUCACUGGCUAUAUAGCCCCUAUGUUUAUCAUAAUAUCUCCCAUAACGUCGUAUGCGGAUCAGACAUACUCGAUACAUAGGAACAAGUCCAGUGCGGGAUUUUCUUUGGAUAUCCCUUUGAUCAUGCUUGUAGCAUCAUUUCUGAGAGUUUUUUAUUAUCCUGGAGCCCAUUUCGAUACCUCCUUACUGAUACAGUCAUUCAUUAUGAUUGCGAUGCAAACCAUGUUAUUGAAGGUUGCGCUUGAUCAUCGACCAUCGCCAUCGUCGAAAGGGGGAGACGCAGCUAUACCAUUUGCUGGACACAGAGAAGGGGAUGGAGCGUCAAGACCAUAUAACUUCUGGCAAUGGCGUUCCCCAAAACCUUACUGGCAAUUCCUCCUUUACCUAUUCAUAGUUCUCAUCGCAUGCGAGCUUAUUCUCUCUCCAGCUCCAUGGUUCUAUUCCGUCUACUCUGAUGCAAUCGGCUACAUUGGACUCGGCGUAGAAGCUACCCUCCCAAUUCCUCAAAUAAUUGCAAACUACAAAUCUCGAUCCUGCAAAGGUUUCCGUUUCUCAGUCAUGGCCAGCUGGAUUGCCGGUGAUGUAAUGAAGAUGUUCUGGUUUUUUACGGCCACGAGUGCUAUACCAUGGGCUUUCAAACUUUGCGGAAUGUUCCAGAUGUGCUGCGAUUUAUUUUUGGGGUUGCAAUUUUGGAUGUAUGGAGAUGGUGAUGGGAAGAAGAAGGAUGACGACUUUAGAGCACCAAUUGGGGAGAAAGAUGCCCGGUUAUCAUGAGAUGAAUGGGCUAAGAAUUGGAAGUAGGGGGAGAGCCGAACAAAAUUUAUAGAUAUCUGUUGAUGAACAAGCGAGACGAACGAACGAAACUAGCGAUGAAAAUGACGGGAAAUGUUAGUUAGAAUACAUAAUGAAGUCGGAAGAUUUUCCAAACUUAUUAGAAAAAUGUUAAUGGUAUAUAUUUAUUUAAUCAAAUCCCUUUGUUGAUGGGCAUUUUCUCC